AUGACCAUCAAGGCCCAGACAAGUCUGCGCACGACACGCCUCGAGCUAGUGCCUCUCGGUCCCGAGCACCUCGAUUUGACCAUCCAGCUGGACAUGGACCCAAAGGUCAUGAAGUACGUCGCCUUCGGAGUCCCGUUUACCAAAGACCAAGCGCUCCAGGUCCACCAGUGGCUCCUCCAGCAGGCGACAUAUGUCCCCGGUUUCGGAACUUGGGUCGGGUUUGCAGGGGGCGAGUUUGUUGGAUGGUGGAUACUGGCGCCGAGACCCAUCGCCGACAACCCUACGAAGUUUAGUAAGGAGGAAGCUGACUUCGGCUUCCGGCUCUCGCCGAAGUUCUGGAGACAAGGAUACGCCAAGGAAGGCGGCUGCGAGCUCUUACGGCACGCUUUCCAGGAUUUGGGUGUCGUGGAGGCGAGUGGUGAGACUAUGACUGUGAACGCGGCUUCUAGGGCUGCUAUGGAAUCUUGUGGAUUGAAGCACGCUGCUACCUUUUUCAACGAUUACCCUACGCCACCUCCGGGCAUCGAGGAGGGUGAGAUGCGGUACUCGAUUACCAAGGAGGAUUGGGUCUCGUCGGUUUCUGGACGGCAAUAA